AUGAGUAGCACUGGAAGAACAAGAGGCACUUUAAGAGCAGGAACACCAUUACGUGGAGGCCGCGGAAGAGGCGGAGCAACACCAUCACGUGGAGGAAGAGGUGGAUUCAACUCGCAACCCUCAGCAGUACCCCAAGCAGCACCCACAUCUGCAACAGAAAGACAACCAAGACCAGCAACUGCCACCUCGGCCAGAUCGCCAAGACAAAGAGGUGGAGCUGCACCACAAAGACUACCCAGACCUGCCGCCGGCGACCACGUUGAAGACGAUGUCAUCAGUCUCACACAAUCACAAUUCUUUAGUGAUCUUCAAACCAGAGCAUUUGCAAUGUUGGACCAAAUACAAUUGCGCGAGAAAAAGCUCGAGCUCAUCAACAUUGUCUCGUCGUCGUUGAUCAAGGAGCCACGUUUCAACAAGGUUACACCGGCACUUGAAAACAUCAUCACCAAUGUCUACCACGUCGCCUACUUUGACCCAGAGUUUAUUCUCAAGUUGUCAUUGUACACCCGUCAGGAAUUGGGUAUUCGAACAGUCGCCAAUUAUCUCAUGGCACUUGCUUCUGUCAUCCCUCCCUGUCAACCAUACCUCAAAAAGUAUUACCAAUCAACUAUUCGUCUUCCAUCAGAUUGGUUAGAAAUCCCAAACAUUACAAACAAAUUGUUAAGUUCAAAGACUAUUCCAAAAUCUUUAAGAAAUGUAAUGGUUGAUAAGUUUACUGAUUUUGAUACUUAUCAGUUAGGUAAAUACAAUACUGAAGGUAAAAUUAAAAGAAAUAGAAAGAAGUUAAAGUCAUUGAUUAAAAAGAAUCCAGAACAAAAGGAUAGAUUAACAAAGGAGUUUGAAGAGAAACAAACUGGAUCAUUAAAACAAAUGAUUAGAGUACUUCAUAUUUCCAAGCCAAAUUAUAGUAUCAUGUGUAUUCUUGGUAAAAAGUAUCCACUCACCUAUGAGGAUUACCAAAAGACAAAGUUGCCAGGUGACUUUGAAGCUGAACGUGCAGGUACUAGAAUGAAGUUACCAAUCCCAGAGACUUGGGAGACUAUGCUUUCUGAAAAGGGUAACAAGUCGACCACUUGGACUGAACUGAUCGAUGCCAACAAGCUACCCUUUAUGGCCAUGCUCCGUAAUCUUCGUAAUCUCUUGAUUACCGGUUGUCAUGCUCGUGUACACGAUAAUAUCAUUAGAAUGCUAUCGAAUCGUGUAUUGAUUGGCAAGCAAAACACCUUCCCCAUGCAAUUCUUGGCUGCCUACAACUCGAUUCCAACCGAUGUCACCAAGUUGCGUGCACUCGCCACUGAAAAGAACAUCAAAACAGAGUUCUUCCCACCAGCCGAUCUAUUGGACCGUUACCGUCAAGCUCUUGACAAUGCCAUCAAAUUGUCAACCAUCAUCAAUGUUAAACCAAUCUCUGGUACAACUGUUGUGUUUGUCUAUGUUGGUGGUAGCAGCGGUGGUAACUCUAGAGACCCACAUGCUAGCAAAUACACUCAACUUGACAAUGCUCUAUUACUAGGUCUCAUGUGUCAAUUUGUUUGUGAAGAAUGUGAAGUCAUUUUAAUUGGCAAGGAUAAACUUGGAAACUCACUCCUUCAUCCAAUUGAAAAGUUGGUUGAUUCUGUCUAUGAUCAAGACAAACCAGAAGAAGAGUCAACUGUCUCAGAGGACGACUCUACUGAGGUUUUGGGAGAUUCAAUUCUUGCAAAGAUGGAAUCAAUUAAAAAGACGAUUGAACAAUUAUUUGAUGCCGAUGCAAAUGAUAAUCUAUUCCCAACCGAUUAUAUUAUGAACUCCAUCCUUAAAUUCAUCGCUCAACGUGGUGCUAUCGACCAACAACUUCAAUAUGUUGAAAAGAUUGAUGAAUUAAAGAAAUUAAAAUCAAUCACUAUCAAUACCACUCAAACCAGCAGUGGUGAAACUGACAACAAGAAUAAUCCAUCAACAAUCAUUCUUGAAAAGAAGAAAAAGGAAGAGACUGUACCUUUGGUAGGAAAUGUAGCCAAUUAUAUUAAACCAUGGAGAAAUAUUAGAGUAUUCAUAUCAUCUACCUUUUUGGAUAUGCAUGGUGAAAGAAAUCAAAUGGUUAAACAUAUCUUUCCGGAGUUGAGAGAACGUUGUGCCAAGAGAAAGAUACAUAUCAGUGAAAUUGAUUUGCGUUGGGGUAUUACUGAAGACGAGGCACAAAAGAACAGAUCGGUUGAAUUGUGUUUGGACGAGGUUGAUCGUUGCCGUCCAUUCUUUAUCGGUCUCCUAGGUCAACGUUAUGGUUGGGUACCAACAAACUACAAGCUUUCAGAGGAGCCUCGUUACGACUGGAUUCGUAAUUAUCCAAAGGGUCGUUCCAUCACCGAGUUGGAAAUGAUCCAUGCUACCAACCUCUGCAACACUUCGACUGGUAUCAACUCGAACUGUCUCUUUUACAUUCGUAACCCCGUAGCCGUACCAAAGGAGCUAAAGACACAGUUUGAAUGUGAGGAUAGUGAUAGUGCAGGUAAACUCGAGUCUCUCAAGACCAAGAUCAAACAAAACUGCAAUUAUUACACUUACAGUCCACGUGCCAUUGAAGUGGUCGAUAACCAAGCACAAACGAUUGGUUUGGAAGAGUUUAGCGAGCGUGUACUCGAAGAUCUUUGGUCCAAGAUUGUAGAGCAGUAUCCAGACACCCAAGAGUCGGAUGAAGCAAUCGACGAGAUGAAACAACAAGAUGAACAAGAGCAAGUGUACCGUGACCUCAAGACCAAGUCGUUUGUUGGACGCAAGGAUGAAACCAACUGCUUGUACAAGUUUUGUGAUGUUAUUCGUCCGUUUGGAACUAGUCCCAAGGCUGGUUUAACAGAUGUUGAUGUGUCGGCCAUCCCAACAGACUACAAACAACUCAAGAUCUAUCUCCAAGUACUCUUGAAAAAGGCGUCUGUCAAGGCAAACAUCUACCUCUUUAUCGACGGUAUUGAUCAACUUGAGAACAAGUUUAAUGCCAAGUCACUCGACUGGAUUCCCAACGUGUCACCCGUCAAGACUAUCAUCACAUCGGUUGAUGGUGACCAUAGCGUUAGUAUCCUCAAGCGUCGUAAGGGUGGCCCGCUCGAAGUGACCGUCGACCCCAUGGACGCACGUGACUCACAGACACUUGUCACUACCAAGCUUGCAGACUACCGCAAACGUCUCGACGAGUCAGUCACCAACAACCAAAUGAAGAUGCUCAUGAACAAGGCCGACGCAUCCAACCCCCUCUACCUCGUGUUGGCCUGCGAGGAACUUCGUUACUUUGGUGGCUUCCAAGAGCUCACUGACAAGAUCAAAUCGCUGUCUCCAACUCUUGCAGUCCUCUUCCAAGACAUUCUCACACGUCUCGAAACUGACAGUGGAAAGUUGUUGAUUGGUAGUAUACUCGGCUCGAUUGCCAGUUCGCGUAUCGGUCUCACUGAAAUGGAUCUCCGUGUAUUAUCCGCACGUAGAGAACUAGGUGAAGAGUUGCUGCCAAUUGGUAUAUGGUCAAAGAUAUUCCGUUCGAUUCAGUCUCUUGUCCAAGUCAAUGGUGACGACCAGACAAUCGACUUUUUCCACAACCAAAUGAAGUUGGCGGUCGUCAAAAAGUACCUGACUACCAGCGACUCGACCGAACGUAUCCACAAGCAGUUUGCCACCUUUUACAUGGAGCGUGCCGAUCCACAGGCCAACCAAACCUACCAUGGUGCCGACCCCAAAGCACUCAGUGAAAUUGUCUACCAUCACUACCACUCCAAGCAGACAGCAGUGCUUGAAUCGAUCCUUUGUAACCUCAACUUUGUCGAACAAAAGUGCAAGCAUGGUAUGACCAGUCAAUUGCUACUCGACUAUCUCUUGGUCAUUGGAGGUGGCCAAGACGACGGCACUACCACCAUCAACUUUAACGCUACCCAGCAAAAGAGCUCAGGAUCAAUGAGCUCGGCCAAAGCCAAGCAAUUCUCAAUCGUCUCGAAUAUCACCGACUUUUUCCAAAUGCUCUCGACCAAUGCACACAUCCUCUCCAAGUCUCCACAACUUGUCUUCCAACAGGCUAUGAAUCAGCCAUCCACCAGCCACGCACACAAGGUGGCCAAGUUGGCUGAAAAGAUCAACAAAAAGUCGUGGGUCGAGUGGAACAACAAGCCAGAAACACGCGACAGCUGUAUCCAGACCAUUUCGGGAUUCGGACAGGGAACAACUGCCGUCGCAUGGGCACCAAACGGCCAGAUGAUGGCUGUCGCCGCCAAAGACUCGAGUAUCCGUCUGUUAGGACCAACCGGCGCAGAGUUGUUGAUUCUUGGCGAGGGUCAUACCGACUGGGUCAGCUCACUCUCCUUUAGCAAGGAUGGCAAGACACUAGUCAGCGGUGGUUUAGACAACAAGAUUGUUAUUUGGGAUGUUGUAGUUGGAUCGGCGCUACAUAUUCUCGACAGAGGACACGACCGUUCGGUCACAAGUGUACGUUUCUCACCCGUGGACGCCAACCUGUUUGCUUCGGUUGGUUUGGACGGUCGUUUGGUCAUGUGGAACCUCAGCACACACUCGUACGUCAAGAUGAUCUAUGCACAUGACAAGCCAGUCAAUCACUGUGCAUUCACCAAGGACGGCACGAUGAUUGCCACAUGCAGUUGGGACGGAUCGAUCAAGAUUUGGAAUGUCGCCAACCUCGUCAACAAUAUCAACGAAGUUGCCAUGAUCAUCAACAGUAACCUUGGAAAGGGUGCUAAACGUGUAAACAGAAACGUGUGGUUGCCAAACAACGUCAUUGACGUGUCGACCCAGAUCAAGGGGUCGCUCAAGAGCUGCGAGUUUUCUCCAAGUGCCAAACAAAUGAUCGCGACCGCCAUGGACGGCUCCGUAUUGCUCUUUGACAUUGCAUCGUCCAAGUUGCUCUCUGUCAUUGGUCGUCACAGCAAGUCGGCCAAUUAUUGUUCAUUCUCAGAGGAUGGAGAGCAGUUUGUCACUAGCUCUGACGACUCUUCGCUCAAGGUCUGGACACCAACACUCGGCUGCGAACUCGGACAGAUCAAGAUGGACGGUGACGCAUGGGCCAAUUGUAUGGUGUGGAGUCCCAAGAACAACGUGUUGGCUGUAGGAUGCUCCGACUGUAUCAUCCGUCUCUACGAAGUCAUUGGUAACUCGUUCAAGCUCGUUGCCAAGCUGCCACAAUCCCACACCCGUGCCAUCACCAGUGUCGCACUCUCUGGCAACGAGCGUUGGUUGGCAUCCACGUCCGAGGACAAGGCAAUCGUCGUCUGGAACAUUGCCGAGCGAUCCGUCGAGUACUACCAAAAGGACGCACACAUUGAAGUGAUCAACUGUCUCGCAUUCAACCCAACCGACACUGCCUCCGACACAACCACACUCAUCUCGUGCUCUGACGAUUACCGCACCAACAUUUGGCGUUGGAACGGCACUAAACUGUCGCCCAUCACCCACUUGCCAGGCUCGACCAACACCAUCAAGAGCUGCACAUUCUCUCCCAACGGCAAGUACAUUGCAACUGUCUCGCGUGACUGUUCCAUCACCAUCUACUUGGCCGCCAGCUACAAGGAGGUUGGCAAGUGUCUCGGUCACACUGACUGGGUCAAUUUCUGCACGUUUGCACCAGACUCUAAGCGAAUCGUUUCAGGUGGCUGGGACUUUAACAUCAAGGUGUGGAGUAUGAAUAGCAAGAAGGAGUUGCUCUCACUAAAGGGACACACGGGUUCAAUCGAGCGUGCCUUUUUCACCAACGACCUCAAGUACAUUGUCAGUUGCAGCUUUGACAAUACCAUCAAGAUAUGGGAUCCCGAGUUUGGUAGCGAGAUUACUACCCUUCACCACCAGUCUCGUAUCAGUGAUGUUGUGCAAUUGGGUGACGGCACUGGUCGCAUCCUCUCAUCGUCUGACGAUGGUCUCAUCAAGUGUUGGAACCCCACCACUGGCCAGUGUGUCAUGACUCUAACCGGUCACUCUAGUUCCAUCCCACAAUCCAUCUUUGCUGCCAAGAAUGACAAGAUCCAAGGCAGUGCCAACAAGAAGCUCAUCACCUCUACAUCCAACGAUGGAAGUGUCAAGAUUUGGGAACUCGCACCCCAAGCCAUCCCAUCUCAAGCUGGUGACUCUGUUGUUCAAGUCGCACUCUCACUCGACGGUUCAUUGGUCGCAGUUGUGCGCAAGGGUCUCUCUACCGAAGUCUACGACACCAAGACACAUGCUAUUGUCAAGACUAUCCGUUCAUUUGGUCCAGCUCCAUCGUCUGUCGCUUUCACACUCGAAGGUAAACUAGUGAUUGGUUGUGAAGAUGGACAAGUUGUUGUCUAUGCCAAGGAUCUACUCACCUCUCAAGUAUUCAAGGUACACAAUGAAAAGGUGUCGGCCAUUGCACCAUUCCAACAAUUCGAUACCUUUGUCACUGGUUCAUGGGAUACCAAGGUACAUCUAUGGUCGGAAAAGGCUACCAAUCAACUAUGUCAUCUCUCUGAUUGGGUUGAAUGUCUUGCCUUUUCAGGUGACGGUGAGUGUAUUGCCUCGGCUGGUCGUUCCAACCAGUUCACAAUGACCACUCCCAAUCUCUCAUCCACCACGCUCCGAUCAAUGUCUGAUACCAAGUACAUCACAUCACUUGCAUUCUCACCCAACAGCAAGUUAUUGGCAAUCGGUACAUUUGAAGGAAACGUCGAGAUUUUCAACUUGGAAAAGAAACAAUUCCAAUCGAUCAACACCUCUCAAAAGGAUGCCAUCUCUUCCAUUAAAUUCAUUGACAAUAGACACAUUGUAUCGGCCAGCAAGGAUACCAGUCUCAUUGUAUACAACAUUGAAAAGGAGGAAAUCGAAAAUGAAUUUAUUCACAACUCUCCAAUCACCUCUAUGGACUGUCGUCAAAACAAAAUUGUCACUGGUGAUUCAAAUGGUAAUACUUAUUAUUUAUUAUAUCAUCCAUCUAAAUAA